UGAGUGCAUAGGCAUAUGCUGUUGAUGGUUGUUUAUCAUUAUUUUCCUUAUUUCUACACUCAGCAUCGAGGUGAAAGGAGAGGGCUUGGAGGAAUAUUUUUUGAUGAUCUGAAUGACUAUGAUCAGGAGAUGCUCCUUUCCUUUGCUACCGAGUGUGCCAAUUCUGUUAUUCCCGCUUAUUUACCUAUCAUAGAGAAAAGGAAGGAUUUGCCCUUCACUGAUCAUCAGAAAGCAUGGCAACAAUUGCGAAGGGGACGAUAUGUUGAAUUCAAUUUGGUUUAUGAUAGGGGUACAACAUUUGGACUAAAAACUGGAGGAAGAAUAGAGAGUAUUCUUGUUUCUCUCCCACUGACUGCUCGGUGGGAAUACGAUCACGUAUGAUUUUGCAAUCUCUCUCUC